UCAAGUGUUAUCAUUUUGUCAACAAAGAUGUUAAAAUCCAGCGUUAAGCCUUUUCACUAUAAUUUGACCUUUAAACCGAAUGCCAAAACCUUCGAAUUCGAUGGAAAAGCUGAGAUCGAUCUCAAGGUAUUAAAAGAAACCGACACAAUAACCUUACAUGCCUUAAAAUUGCAAAUCACGGACGUAUUUUUACGUUUUCCCGACGAAAGUGAACUUUACACAAAGGAAAAGUCCUUCGAUGAAGCCAACGAGACCGUAACUUUUCUUUUUCCAAGCACCAUUGAUGCGGGAAGCGAAGUUAAAUUAAUAAUUGACUUCAUCGGCGAAUUAAGCGAUAAUUUAAAGGGAUUUUAUCGCAGUAAAUAUUUCGUGGGCGAUGAAGAGCGUUAUUCGUUUGUUACUCAAUUAGCGCCUUGCGAUGGAAGACGCUGUUUCCCAAGCAUUGAUGAGCCGGCAGCAAAAGCUACUUUCGAUAUCACUUUGAUCGUCGAGAAACAUUUGACUGCGCUGUCAAAUAUGCCGGUAACGACUGAAUUUGAGGACAAUAAUGGCUUAAAAGUGUUGAAAUUCGAUCGAACUCCCGUAAUGUCGACUUAUUUAGUGGCUUUGGUCGUCGGCGAAUACGAUUUUGUCGAAAAACGAUCUGCAGAUGGGGUUCUUUGUCGUGUCUAUACGCCGCUCGGGAAGAAAGAACAUGGAAAUUUUGCCUUAGAAACCGCUGUGAGAGUUUUGCCUUAUUACAAAGAAUAUUUCGGAAUUGCAUAUCCGCUGAAAAAACUCGAUCUCAUUGCGAUUGCUGACUUUGCCUUGGGCGCCAUGGAAAAUUUUGGCUUGAUAACAUUCACGGAAAUUCGCAUCUUAGUCGAUCCCGCAAAUACUUCGUUGUCCAUCAAACAGAGCGUUGCCAGCAUCGUCGCGCACGAAAUUUCGCAUCAAUGGUUCGGGAAUUUAGUGACGAUGGAAUGGUGGACUCAUUUAUGGCUCAAUGAGGGAUUUGCGACAUUUAUGCAAUUUUUGUGCACCGACGCACUGUUCCCCGAAUACGAAAUGUGGCCUCAAUUUGUGUCGGGCAUGUAUGUUGCCGCUUUGCAACUCGAUUCGCUCAAAAAUUCGCAUCCAAUUGAAGUUCCCGUGAAAAAUUCAUCGGAAAUUGACGAGAUUUUCGAUGCAAUCAGUUACAACAAAGGCGCUUCGAUUAUUCGGAUGCUUCAUAAUUUCAUCGGAGACGCGGAUUUUCGUAAAGGAAUGAAUUUGUAUCUCACGAGACACGCUUAUGGUAAUGCAGAGACCAAAGAUUUGUGGCAAGCGUUGUCUGAAUGCUCAAAUGAUAAGCCAGUUACGAGAAUAAUGACGAAUUGGGUAGAUAAAAUUGGAUUUCCGCUCGUUUGGGUUGAGAAAAAUGAGCAAAAAGAUGGAAAACGUGUCCUGACGCUUAAACAAGAGCGAUUUUUAGCAGAUGGGAGUCAAACAGAAGAUGAUACAAUUUGGAUGAUUCCGUUAAAAGUCGCAACAGCAGGAAAUGAAAGUGCCUUGUCGUGUCUUUUUGAUCAGAAAAGUAUCGAAAUUACGAUUGAUAAUGUUGAAAAGGACGAUUGGAUCAAAAUUAACCCGGGAACUGUCACUUUUUGUCGCACGCAGUAUAUCCGUCGGAGAUGUUGGAAGCUUUUGAGAAGCACAAAGUAGUGCAAGAUAAGGUAUUGAGUCCGUUGGAUCGUUUGGGUUUGGUUGAUGAUCUUUUUGCGCUCGUCAAAGCUGGAAAAAGUGAAACUGUUGAGUUCCUUAAAUUCUUACAAGCCUUCACUGCCGAAACUGAAUACGUGGUAUGGAAAACAAUUUGCUUGUGCUUAUCAAAACUUCGUUCCUUGCUGUCAAACAGCGAAACUAAAAGUUCCUUCGAUAAUUAUUGCCAAAAAC